CCCUAUAGGAGCAAACGAGAAAGGUAGUGCAAUCCAUGGAUUAUCAGCAGCAACUAGGAUACACGGUGGAAGGCCCUCGAAUUUGCCUGCCAAAAAAGAAGAACAAGAAAAAGACAACAGUGGCAAGAUAAUGACACGGUUUGUGAACUGUGUCCAUUAGAUUUGAGCUGAUUUCCACCUUUUUUCUCCGCCACCGCCGUCGCCGUCGUGUGUAUUGCCGCUUCGUUGCGUAGACACCUCCUUCGCCGUUCCCCGUCUGCAGCCGUCGUGUCGUCGUAACAGGGCAUCUUUUCUGUGCGGGGUGGUUCGGGAUAGCACCCGGAUUGUGGAUAAAAAUAAACCAUGAACAAGGAAGCAGCCGAGGACUGUGUGGAGCGAGCGGUGAAGUACCUGGCCGAGGGGAAAAUCGAGAAAGCGGAAAAACUACUAAACAAAUCGAUUACUCUGCAUCGGACGGAACGGGCCGAAGAGCUGCUAAAUAAAAUCAAAUGUGGAGCGUACGCGGAAAGUGCCACCUCCGGCAACACGUCGGACGACGGCGUGCGGCAGCGGACCACGGCCAAGGGAGCAGCACCGAAAGCGGAAAGUGGCAACGAGGCGGAAUACACACCGGAACAGCUGGAGGCGGUGAAGCGGAUUAAGAAGUGCAAAGAUUACUACGAGGUGCUGGGCGUAGCGAAGGAUGCGACCGAUUCGGACAUCAAGAAAGCGUACAAGAAGCUGGCGCUGCAGCUCCACCCGGACAAAAACCAUGCGCCCGGCGCGGUGGAAGCAUUUAAAGCGAUCGGCAAUGCGGUCGCCAUCCUGACCGACGCGGAGAAGCGGCGCUCGUACGAUCUGUACGGCUCGGAGGAGCACCAUCAGCCGGCGACGGCGCGCAAAGCGCGCUACCACCACGACUACGCGUACUCGCGUGGAUUCGAGACGGAAUUUACGGCGGAGGAGCUGUUCAACAUGUUCUUCGGGGCCGAAAUUAACACCCAGCACGUGUACACGCGCCAGAGACGGUUUCAUCGGGCGGAACAGCAGCAGUACAGGGAGCCCCAGUCAGGGAUUGCCGCCUUUAUUAACCUGCUGCCAAUCAUACUGCUUAUCGCGUUGUCGAUGAUGUCGUCGUUCUUCAUUUCGGAUCCCAUCUACAGCCUUACGCCGAGCCAAAAAUUCUCCGUCGCACGCAAAACGAACCAGCUGAAGAUACCGUACUACGUGAAGGAUAACUUUCACUCCGAGUACCAGGGGUCGGUCGGCCGGCUGGAAGCAUCGGUGGAGGAGGAAUAUUUGAACAAUCUAAAGCAUUCCUGCUACCGAGAGCGGAACUACAAAGACACGAUGCUAAUGAAGGCACGGAACUUUGGCGACCGAGAGCUUUACCAUAAGGCGCAAAGCAUCAACACACCGUCUUGUGAUAAAUUACAAAGUUUACACAACUAGUCAAAUGCAGCCAAAUCGUGGUUUUUCGACCACGACAGCUGAGCAAUGUACGUGUGCAAUGUACGUGUGUGUGUGUGUGAGUGUGUGCAUACGGGCGGACCACCAUCCCUUUUUCUAAUUCUGCAGCACGUGGAAAGAGCGGCGGUGCGUGUGUGUGUGUGUGUGUGUGUUCGUGCAGUGGCGGCGUUUUUCUACGGUGAUGCAGUAGUUUGUUCUAUGUUUCCCCCCUCCCCCCUUUUUU